UUCCUCGCCAGUAGGUGGAGUCACACUUCAUGAAUCUCACAGUUCUCCUUACGAAGAAGACAGUUUACGUGGAGACAGGAAAUAGAACUUUAAAACAGAAAAAGAAGAUUAGUCUUUUUGUCAGGAGACAAACAGAUCAUCAACUACGAGACUUCAGGGUCACGGUCAGAAGACACUGAGGACGAUGUCGUCGGGCGCUCUCUUUCCGAGCUUGGUGAGCGGGUCCAGAGGAAGCUCCAGUAAAUACCUGGUGGAGUUUCGCGCUGGUAAAAUGACCUUAAAGGGAAACACGGUGACACCCGACAAACGCAAGGGCACCGUGUACAUCCAGCAGUCUGAUGACUCCCUGAUCCAUUUCUGCUGGAAGGACAGGACCACCGGCAAUGUCGAUGAUGACCUGAUCAUCUUCCCCGAUGACUGUGAGUUUAAGAGGGUGAACCAGUGCACCACGGGCCGUGUCUAUGUGCUGAAGUUCAAGGCUGGAUCCAAGAGGCUGUUCUUCUGGAUGCAGGAGCCAAAAUCUGACAAAGACGAGGAGCACUGUCGGAAGGUCAACGAGUACCUGAACAACCCUCCAAUCCCUGGAGCCCCCGGCAGCGGAGGUGGGAGUGGCCAUGAACUGUCUGCGCUGGGCGGGGAGGGGGGCCUUCAGAACCUGCUGGGAAACAUGAGCCACAACCAACUGAUGCAGCUGAUCGGACCGACCGGACUGGGCGGGCUCGGAGGCCUGGGAGCUCUAGCGGGUCCAGGACUAGCCAACCUGCUCGGCAGUGGAGGUCCAGCGUCCAGCAGCUCCUCAUCCAACACUCGGAGCCAGGCCUCAGCAGCCACUCCUGCAUCUGGUGGAGCCUCCAGACUGAGUUCUGCUCAGACGCCCUCCACCCCUGCAGCUCCUGCAGCUUCUGCUCCUUCUCCUGCUGGUGCUGCCCCCUCCACUCCAGCCUCGGCUCAGACUCCGGUGACCACCGCCUCGGCUGGGAGCCCGUCGGCCCACCAGCCCAUCCAGCUCAGUGACCUUCAGAACAUCCUGGCCACCAUGAACGUCCCGGCUUCUGCGGCUGCUCAGGGGGCGACAGUGGACCUAGCCAGCGUUUGCACCCCGGAGAUGAUGGCUCCCAUCCUGAGCAACGCUGCAGUCCAGCAGAGACUCCUCCCCUUCCUCCCCAGUGGAGAGAGUCUUCCUCAGAGCGCUGAGGAGAUUCAGAACACGCUCACCUCCCCUCAGUUCCAGCAGUCCAUGAGCAUGUUCAGCAGUGCCCUGGCCUCUGGGCAGCUCGGCCCCCUCAUGAGCCAGUUCGGUCUGCCAGCAGAAGCUGUAGACGCCGCCAACCGUGGAGAUGUGGAAGCGUUUGCCAGAGCCAUGCAGGCCAGCAAAGGAGACUCCAAAGAGAAGAAGGAGGACGAUGAAGACAUGAGUCUGGAUUAAAGUUCAAGCAGCCCCGCCUCCUCCCAGGAAAAGCGGCUGACCUGUCCAGCCUCUCUCCAUCCUUCGUUACUCUCAGCAUCUGAUCAUCUUUAUAAACUUCCAUGCAAAUAAAAACAUUUGUUGAUUGAA